GCACCUUGGCAUCAGCCUCCACUUCGCAGCAAUCCUAACCUACGCCAGCCCUUCCAAACCCUCCAAACAAAUCCUACACGUGCAUGAUUACAAAACAGCCUCCACCGCCGCCCUGUGCGCGCGCGCGCGCACGCACACGCACGCACACACACACACACACACACACACACACACACACACUAGGACCGGUGAAUUUAAAUUAUUUAGCAAAGAUGGAAAAAUGUUUGCUUUGGAGGCAAAAUAAGCAACAUUUUCAGAUAAGCAGAAUGACUUUCAUAUUGUCUAUUAAUUGUAAACAAAACAGGAUUUUAGAGUCUGCCACCACCAUAGUGAAGCCCUAUCAUCUCCUGCCUGGAACGCCAAAACACAUUCCCUACGCCCAACACAUUCCCCACACAAUAACCAGUGUUAAAUCAUCGUUGUCACUUCCUCGCUUAGAGCCUCUGAUGGCGCGCCUUGCCACGGAGCGGAAGCCGAGCUCCGCGCGCCGGCCUCCGCGCGCUCCUCUCCCCGCCCGCCGGGCGCACGCGCUCUCCGCCUGCUCGCUCUGCGGGCUGGAGAGGCUGCAGGCCCCGCCCAGCCCCAGGUGGCUCCUCCUCGUUCUUCAGGCUUCAGUGAAACAGGAAGCAAGAUCACCCACUGAGCAUGAGGACGGGGAGGAGAUGCUGGAGGUCCGAGGAGAGGAGAAGGCGUGUGGCAGUGGCAGAGUGAACUGGAUCUGACCGUGGGCAGCACUGAGGGGUGCGUGUUACAGUGGUCCAGUGAGCAUGGCACGUGUUUGGCUGGGGUACAGGCAUGCAGCAGAGAAGUGAAUGUAACCACAGGUGGAGGGAAAGCUCACAGCCUCAACAAAGCAGAGCACCUGGAAUGACAUGGCGUGUCGGCGCACUGAAGAGGCCUGUUAGGAAUCAGAAGCGAUUCUUCUGGCUCCAGUGUCCACCCAGAAAGCUGAGAAACUGCCUGGCACUUGCCUCUUGCCAGUGAAAUGUGAGGCACACCACGCUGAAUAAAGAGGCUGUCAGCUGCCCCUUAAGUCUUCCAGUUCUGAGCCGUGGAAUCCCAACCACAGGAGUCAUUUAGUUGUCUGAUUCAGCCACCUCUGCUCGCAGUGCCAGGUGGGCCUUCUUAUAACAACGAUGACCAGAAACAGGCUGAGCCCCCACUGUGGAGCAAGAGUUACAAACAGUUCACUGGACAAGUAAUUUCAGCACAACUCCAAUAAAUCAUAAUGACUGUUCGGUGGGGCGGGGGGCUCGUAUUCCUCCUCACUGAGAGGCCAGUGAGGCUAAGCACUUGCUUCUAGUCUAGUCAUAAUGUGACGUCUUCUUUUCCUGCCUUAAUCAAGUGAGUCAAGCAGUCCUCCUCUGUGUAACCUACUCUUUUAAUCUCAAGAUCUUCCGCCUUAGGGUAUGUGCCUUGUUGAAUCUGAGUCUGCAUGACCAGCUGCCAGCAAUGCUCACUCUCCACCUUGCAUCCACUCGCAACAACGUUUUCUUUCAUUCAACACAUCUUUAUCUAAUGCCUGUUGGGUAUCUGGCCCUGGAGAUGCAAAGGAAACCAGAUAAAAUCACCCCCGCCCUCGCCGAGCCUGCUCUGUGUGCGGCUCUGCCCCGUGCAGCCCCUGACUCUGUGGACGUUCAGAGCAGGAUUUUUUGACCUAGUCUGAAGGGAUGAGAAAAGACAUCCUGAAAGAAGGGAUAUUUAAACCAAAACCUAAACUUUACUUUAUGUAUCAACUUUCUGCAGAUGGUGUUGCUAAGUAGGAUUCAAGUCUGCAAAUGCCUUCUGCCACUUCCAGGAAUGUGGCCAUUGUCUGUCUCUCCAGAGUGUUCUCAAGCAGGAAGAGGGGAAGAUCUUUUAAACUCUCCUCUUUUUAUGUAAAAGAAUAACUUUCAAAUUAGAGUCUAAGUUGGAAAUUCUCCCCAUUUGACAGAAAACGGCUGCCACGUAACCCCCGUGCAGCACUGCCCAGCAUCCCUGCAGGUCACGGCCGCCCAAGGCGUCGAGGCUUUGCCACUUAUGCCCACAGCCACUCCACACAGCCUACCUACUGACGGAGCAGUUUUAAGAUGAAUUAUUUAUGCGUACCCUCGAAGUAGAGUAUUUUGGGGAUUUUUUAAAAAAGGAUAUAUAUAU